CCAUAGAAAGCGUGGGAUUGCGUUGGGAAGUGUGACCUUAUUUUUCUUCCUUCACCCAGAAAAGCUCUGCACCAUGUCUGCUCCUGUUUACCCAGGUGCUCCAAACCAGCCACCCUACCCCAUGUCUCAGCCCGGUGGAGGACCGUGUCCAGUUCCUGCUGGAUAUGGACACCCCAGUCAUGGCCCUCCACCGGGCUUCAACAUGGGCUAUACAAAACAGCCUACGGUCAUGUACCAGCCAGUACCCAUAGGGCCAGUUCCAGGCCCUGAAUACGGUGGCCCACCAGGGGGGAUUUCACCAGCUCCUGGAGGUCCAGCAGUCCCCGUUGGUGUCCCACCUGGACUUGAGUACCUCACACAGAUUGACCAGAUCCUGAUCCAUCAGAAAGUCGAAGCAUUCAUCGGUUUUGAGAAAAACAGACAGUAUGAAAUAAAAAACAGUCUGGGUCAAAAGAUCUACGAGACCAAGGAGGAGAGUGACUGCUGUGAAAGGAACUGUGUUGGCUCUCUGCGCAGCUUUGACAUGAAAAUAAAGGACAACAUGGACAGGGAUGUCAUCCGUCUCAUCAGGCCUUUGCGCUGCUCCUCCUGCUGCUGUCCCUGCUACCUGCAAGAGAUGGAGGUCCAGGCUCCACCGGGGACCACCAUAGGGUACGUCAAACAGGACUGGCACUUUUCCCUGCCAACGUUUUCCAUCCAGGGAGCAAACAAGGAGACACUCAUGAGACUGGAGGGGCCCUGCUUUGCCUGCAACUGCUGUGAAGAUCUCAACUUUGAGCUGAAGGGAAAAGAUGGUGGCACACCCAUUGGUCGCAUCAUCAGGCAGUGGGGCGGCUUUCUGAAGGAAGCCUUCACUGACACAGCUAACUUUGGCAUCCAGUUCCCGCUGGACUUGGACGUGAAGAUGAAAGCUGUGCUGAUGGGCGCCUGCUUCCUCGUUCCUCACGACCUAGAUGGACAUUGUUGAUUUUG